AUGACGGGGGUGCCGAAGGCAUCGCACUCGUCUAAUAAGAACAUGGUGCCGAAGGCAUCGCUUUUGUCGAAUGAUGACAGGGUGCCGAAGGCAUCUCUCUUGUCAAAUGAUGACGGGGUGCCGAAGACAUCGCUCUCGUCUUGUAGAACAACCUUACCAAUUAGGCUAAGCCCAUCUUUCUCUUCAAGGCCUGCGUCUGUAGCUUUUGGAGGGCAGACUCGGAAGUCUUGUGCGCACGGGCUGGGUCCUAAGAACUUCGGCAAGGGCCGGACUGUUGGCGAGACCUUAGAACACUUCAGCACGAACCUUGCCUUUCGGCAAGGUUGGCUAAGAAGGAUUUUCAUUGUUGGAAAGAUAGGCUUCGAUAGCACGUCAUUUGGCAAAGGAGCUUGGGCUUCCGUGUUCGUUGUCGUGACGCCUCCGUGUCUUCUGCACAGCCCUUGCCGUUCGGCAAGGGUGUUUUGGGGGAAUUUUUGGAGCUUCUCAAGUCGGGUAGUCUGGGUACCCGAGCUGUCGGCAAGCGCGGGCUGUUUAUUUUUGUGA